GAGGAGCGAGCUCGGGUCUGAUCGGGGGCGGCCUUUUGCUUUGCUGACGCUGGGCAAGCAAUCGGGCUAGCCGAAGAGAGCGAGCAAGAGAGAAGGUCUCUGGAGGAGCAGCCAUGCCGAAACAUGAGUUCUUCGUGGAUAUGACCUGUGAAGGAUGCCUCAAUGCUGUUACCCGUGUUCUCAACAAACUUGGAGGUGUUCAGUUUGAAAUCGACCUACCCAACAAGAAAGUGAGCAUUGAUUCUACGCACAGUGUUGAUACAUUGUUGGACACCCUGAAGAAAACUGGGAAAAAUACCUCCUAUCUCGGGGAGAAAUAAACACUUAGAGAAAUGUUGCUGAUUGGGCUCUUUUACUUUAAGAAAGCAAUGCUUUUAACAUGGCUUCAGUAAGAAGGCAAUUACUUCUACUUCCAUCAAUCCUAUUCCUUUGACUGCAGUUGCCUGGCCAGAUGUUGGAAGAGAGAAAAAGGGCGGGAAGAAAACAGCUUUCCUUGGGGAAAAGGACUAAGAGAAAAUGUGACCCCAGAUGGCCCAAGUCUCUUUCCACAAACAUAACGCUUAUGCAUUCUUCUUUUAUGAUCUUGUAAUAAAGCAAGGAGCUGUUCCUAUUUUCAUGUAACAA